GGAGGAGGCGGCGUGCGUGAUUUCACGAGUGAUUAGUUUGUAUGAAGCCACAAGCCCAAAGGUGUCCACGGGGCCACACGUCAGUAUUGAUCCGGACAGCGAGUCUGUGCAGCGGACAGUGUUUUGAUGACAUUCAUCAGUGUUAAUUAGCCAGGUUAUUAUUAAGGAAGAGGAAGAAAAGAGGCCGCAACGUCUGUUUUGUUGGACAAUGAGGAAUAUUGCUGUGCUGCUGAUCGUGCUGCUCGGCGUUGCACAUUUUGCAACUGUCGGCAGAUGUGAGGAUGAGAUCUUAGAGGAGGAGGAAGCUUCUGAGGAGGAUAGUGAUGAGGAGGAGGAGGAUGAAGAAGAUGACACUGAGGUGAAAGAAGAAAACGGUGUGCUGGUUCUCACCGACAGCAACUAUGACACCUUCAUUGAGGGCAAAGACACAGUCCUGGUUGAGUUUUAUGCACCAUGGUGUGGCCACUGCAAACAAUUUGCCCCAGAGUAUGAAAAAAUCGCCCAGGCUCUUAAGGAGAACGACCCCCCUGUACCUGUGGCCAAAGUGGAUGCAACAGUAGCCACCGAGUUGGCGAACAGGUUCGAAGUGUCGGGCUAUCCCACCAUUAAGAUCCUGAAAAAUGGGGAGCCUGUGGACUACGAUGGAGACAGGACAGAGAAGGCUAUUGUGGCCCGGUUAAAAGAGGUGGCUCAGCCAGAUUGGAAGCCCCCUCCUGAGGCGACGCUGGUGCUGACCAAGGACAACUUUGAUGAGACCGUUAACAACGCAGACAUCAUCCUGGUGGAGUUCUACGCCCCAUGGUGCGGACACUGCAAGAGAUUGGCUCCAGAGUACGAGAAGGCAGCCAAGGAGUUGAGCAAGCGCUCUCCUGCCAUUGCUCUGGCCAAGGUGGACGCCACUGUGGAGGGUGACAUCGCGUCACGUUUUGGAGUCACGGGCUAUCCCACCCUCAAGAUCUUUAGGAAAGGCAAGGUGUUUGACUACAACGGACCCAGAGAGCAGUAUGGCAUUGUUGAGUACAUGGGUGAGCAGUCAGGUCCACCUUCCAAGCAGGUCCAGGCAGUAAAGCAGGUCCAGGAGCACGUCAAGGAUGGUGAUGAUGCUGUCAUAGUCGGAGUGUUCUCCAGUGAACAGGACGCAGCCUAUGAGAUCUACAUCGAAGCCUGUAAUUCACUGAGGGAAGACUUCACCUUCCGUCACAGCUUCAGCUCUGAAGUGUCCAAACUGCUCAAAGCUUCGCCGGGUCAGAUUGUCAUCCUUCACCCUGAAAAGUUCCGCUCCAAGUACGAGCCGGCCUCACACACGCUCACAAUGAAGGACUCCACGUCGGUGUCAGAAGUGCAGGAGUUCUUCAAAAAACAUGUGAUUCCUCUGGUGGGUCACAGGAAACCAAGCAACGACGCUAAGCGCUACACCAAAAGACCCCUGGUGGUUGUGUAUUAUGGAGUUGACUUCAGCUUUGACUACAGGAAAGCUACACAGUUCUGGAGGUCCAAGGUGCUCGAGGUGGCCAAGGACUACCCAGAGUACACGUUUGCCAUCGCUGAUGAGGAGGACUUUGCAGAUGAGCUGAAGAGCCUGGGCCUGAGUGAGAGUGGAGAGGAAGUGAAUGUAGCAAUUCUGGCAGAUGGAGGCAAAAAGUAUGCCAUGGAGCCAGAGGAGUUUGACUCUGAGGUGCUGUCAGACUUUGUAAAGGCUUUCAAAAAAGGAAAACUCAAACCCAUCGUCAAGUCACAACCAGUGCCAAAGAACAACAAAGGACCAGUUAAGGUCGUGGUAGGAAAGACCUUUGAAGACAUUGUCAUGGAUACCCAGAAAGAUGUCCUGAUUGAGUUUUAUGCUCCCUGGUGCGGCCACUGUAAGAAGAUGGAGCCCGAUUAUUUGGCUCUGGGCAAGAAGUACAAGGGGGAGAAGAAUCUGGUGAUCGCCAAGAUGGACGCCACAGCCAACGACGUGCCAAACGACAGCUACAAAGUGGAAGGCUUCCCCACAAUAUACUUUGCUCCGAGCAACAGCAAGCAGAGCCCCGUCAAAAUGGAAGGUGGAGACAGAACAGUAGAAGGGCUCAGCAAGUUCUUGGAAAAGCACGCCACAAAGCUUUCACAGAAGAGAGACGAACUUUGAAAGAUCUCUCUCGAGCGAAGAAGAACUUUUACUCGGGCAGAGUCUUUAGAGGACGCUGGGGAGGCCUCUGGGAACAUAUUGGAGUUAAACGGUGUUACUGAGUUGCUGUGACGAUUACAAUCAUCGUUUUUAGUUUCUGUUCAUUCCAAGAGAUUCUGCUUUCUUUUGUUUCUAAAAGCAUGUAAGCACUGUUGAAGAUUUAAAGUCUUUUUAAAUAAAACUCAAAAUGAUGGCGGCUUUGUGGGCCAGCACUUAA